GAGCAGAGCAGCGGAGGCGUGAUUCACAGCAGCUCCGAGAUGCAGGAUCCGAACGCAGACACCGAGUGGAAUGACAUCCUCAGGAAGAAGGGCAUCCUUCCUCCCAAAGAAACACCGCCGGAGGAGGAAGAGGAGGAGCUUCAUCAGACGCAGUCUGUCGUGAAGACGUACGAGAGCAUGACUCUAGAGCAGCUGGAGGAGAAUGAAGACGAGUUCGGUGAGGAAGAUGAGCUGGCCAUGGAGAUGUACAGACAGAAGAGGCUGGCCGAGUGGAAGGCUAACCAGCUGAAGAACAGGUUUGAGGAGGUCAGCGAGAUCUCGGGGCAGGAUUACGUGCAGGAGGUCAAUAAAGCCGGAGCGGGAAUCUGGGUGGUGCUGCAUCUCUACAAACCGGGGAUCCCGCUGUGUACUCUGAUAAACCAGCAUCUGUCUCAGCUGGCCCGGAAGUUUCCUCAAACUAAGUUCCUGAAGUCCAUCUCCAGCACCUGCAUUCCCAACUUCCCCGACCGGAACCUGCCCACACUCUUCAUUUAUCACGAGGGAGAGAUGAAGGCGCAGUUCAUCGGGCCGCUGGUGUUCGGAGGAAUGAGCCUCACCUGUGACGAGCUGGAGUGGCGUUUGUCUGAAUCUGGAGCGAUUAAGACAGAUCUGGAGGAAAACCCCCGGAAACAGAUCCAGGAUCAGCUGCUGAGCUCCAUCCGCUGCUCGACGCCGCGCCGCAGAGACGCUGACGAGGACUCAGACGACGACUAACAGACUCGACACGACCGCGAGCCGCUACACAGCGAUUCCAACCGGCCAUCAUUACACCAUCUACUGACCACAGACCACACCUUUACAUUGUUUUAUAAGAGUUCUAAUAAUACAGUCAAUGCUUGACACCAUGCAUUAUAUCAAAA